AAUAAUGAUGCAACAUAGCGUUUAUCCACGCGUGUGUGGUGGACGACUGCUUCAAACUUUUAGUUCGGGUCAUGCCUUUAAUCCCGUGUCCUCGGUAUAGAGAGCGAUAUUGCGUAUGAUGCAGCACGGAGCAAUGGAUUGAGAAUUGUCAGCGACUUAAAGCAUCGAAGACGUUCCAUGUUUGUUUAUUCAAGAGUCUGGAUCUCCAUAUCUACUUUCCUUCUUUCCUUCUGGUAUUAUGUCGUUCAAGUCUUUCAUGUGCAAGCUCGUGCUUGCCUUCAAUAUCAACGUUGUUGUCUACGCCACAACGAUCAAUAGCUCUGCUCCAAUUGUUGAUCUUGGUUAUGCUGUCCAUAAGGCUGUAGUCAACACCACUGGAGCAUAUUAUAAUUUCUCCAACAUCAGAUAUGCAGAGCCACCGGUUGGCCAGUUCCGCUUCCGUGCUGCAAUUCCUCCCACGACUAUAAAUCGCACUGUUCAAGAAGCUCCUCCAGAUCAAAUUUGCUACCAAGGUGGUGCCUCAGCAUGGCAAGCGCUAACAGGACCAUUCCUAGCAUCAAUCAUUGCUGGACCGAAUGCAAGUUUAGCAGGCGGUAUUGACCAUUCAGCUGCAGCAAAUAUAAGUAUUCCUGCCGGCAUACCAACAACAGGUACUCCCAUCCAGUCCGAAGAUUGUCUCUUCCUAGACGUGAUGGCCCCGGAAGUCAUCUUCAAUGCAGCAAAUACGUCAGCGAAAGGCGCACCCGUGAUGUUGAUGAUUCAUGGUGGAGGAUUUACCGGAGGAUGGAAAGACGGUGUUGGAAAUCCUGCCGGGUUGUUAGCUGAAGGGAUGAGAGAUGGGAGGACAGGGUUUGUUUAUGUGCAGAUCAAUUAUCGAUUAGGUUUCUUUGGCUUUCCUCCAAAGUCGAUCAACGACAAAGAUACACAAUCCAAUGCAGGUCUCCUCGAUCAGCGACUCGCUAUCACCUGGGUCCAAAAUUAUAUCCACCUUUUUGGUGGGAAUCCCAACGACAUCACCUUGAUGGGCGAGUCGGCCGGUGCGAGUAGUAUCAUGGCGCAUAUCACCUCCUACGGUGGAAAUGGCACAGUACCUUUCCAACAGGCUCUCAUGCAAAGCCCGGCUUGGAGACCAGCUUCGACAGCUGCUUUCUAUCAGGACCUUUAUCAAGAGGUAUUACAACUUGCAAACGCGACGUCUUAUGCUCAAAUACGGACCAUGAACUCCAGUCAACUGGAGGAUAUCAAUAACGCAAUUGUUGCCGUUGCCCCUUAUGCUUCUUUUAGCUUUGGGACAAAUAUUGACGGUGAUUACAUCCCAGACGCCCCAACCGUCCUCCUCGCACAAGGAAAGUUCCACAAGAACCUCACCAUAAUGGUAACCCACAACUCCAACGAGGGCCUCCUAUUCACAGACCCCACCGUCAACUCCCAAUCAGCAUUCAUCGCCAACCUCCACGGCCUCGCAAUCGGAGCCUCCAACGCAUCCAUCAACCACCUCGCCACCGUAACCUACCCCCCAGUUUUCGACGGCUCCCAACCCUACACCACCGAAACCGAACGCACAUCCAUCGCCAUGCGAGAAGGCAUCGUAGAAUGCAACGCCUUCGCCCUCAACAAAGCCUUCAACAACAACACGCGCGCCUACACCUUUGGCGAGUUCCCCGGCCUGCACGCCCAGGACCUCGAAUAUAUCUUCUGGAACGGAGACAGCGUGGGUACGUUCGGAGACCCGAUUAAUAGUACAGCGGUGAAGAUCAUCCAGAGCGCGACGGUGCAGUUUGUGUUGACGGGGAACCCGAAUGUGCCGGAUUAUAUGGGGGCUGCGUUGCCGGAGCUGCCGUUGUAUGGGGAGGGAGCGGAGAUUUUGUUUUUGAAUGGUACGACGGUGCAGGAUGGGAGGGAUUCGGCGGCGAAUCAGAGGUGUGAUUACUGGGAGACGGGGUUGUAUGAGGAUUGAGGGCAGAUGGAUUGAAGAUUUAGAUUGUCUACAAAGAGGGAAAAGUUCUUAAAGAAGCUCUUCUGAUAUUGUGGCAGGGCUAGCUCUUUUUGGUCCUUUUGGCGCU